AUGUCUCUGGCAGACGAGCUCCUGGCGGACUUGGAAGAGGCAGGCGACGAGGGCGACAACGGCUUGUAUCCAGAAGGAGAAGAAGGUGACAGCGACGGCGAUGCUUCGCAAGGAAGAGAUGACGGUGGGCUGGAGGACAUCCCCGAGGAGAUGGAAGUGGACUACAGUAAAGCUGACAGUGUUGCAGCGAUUGCCAAACUCCGCAACAGUAAACAGUUUUCAGAUAUCAUGGAGAAGAUAGCAGUAUAUGUUGGAAAGCAACGCAAGAUCUCGGACGUGUCAGGCCCUGUGGAGGCCGACCCGGAAUACAAGCUCAUUGUGGCAGCCAAUAACCUGACGGUGGAAAUCGACAACGAGCUCAAUAUUAUUCACAAGUUCACCCGUGACAAAUACUCCAAAAGAUUCCCAGAGCUGGAAUCUCUCGUGCCGGAUUCCUUGGACUAUAUUCGCACAGUCAAGGAGCUUGGAAACAACCUGGAAAAGUGCAAAAACAACGAGACCUUACAGCAGAUCCUUACCAACGCCACCAUCAUGGUCGUGAGCGUCACGGCUUCCACGACACAGGGGUCUCUUCUUAACGAGUUGGAGCUGAAGCAGCUGGAGGAGUCGUGCGACAUGGCCCUGGAGCUCAACCAAUCCAAGCACAGGAUCUACGAGUACGUCGAGUCCAGGAUGUCUUUCAUCGCACCUAAUUUGUCCAUCAUCGUCGGGGCGUCCACAGCCGCUAAAAUCAUGGGUAUAGCCGGAGGUCUUACCAACCUGUCCAAGAUGCCCGCCUGCAACUUGAUGCUGCUGGGAGCUCAGAGGAGAACUCUGUCAGGCUUCAGCAGCACUUCUUUGCUCCCCCAUACAGGCUUCAUCUACCACUGCGACGUGGUACAGACGCUGCCACCUGAUCUGCGAAGGAAGGCGGCCCGUCUUGUGUCGGCCAAGUGCACGCUGGCUGCAAGAGUAGACAGUUUUCAUGAAAGCGCGGACGGGAAGGUUGGUUAUGACCUGAAAGAAGAAAUCGAGAGGAAGUUUGACAAGUGGCAGGAGGCCCCGCCCGUCAAGCAGGUCAAACCUUUGCCCGCUCCACUUGAUGGACAACGCAAGAAGAGAGGUGGCAGGAGGUACCGAAAGAUGAAGGAGCGUCUCGGCCUGACGGAAAUCAGGAAGCACGCAAAUAGGAUGACCUUUGCUGAGAUUGAAGACGACGCGUACCAGGAGGAUCUGGGCUUCAGUUUGGGUCAGCUGGGCAAGAGCGGCAGCGGACGCGUCAGGCAGGCGCAAGUUAAUGAAUCCACUAAAGCCCGAAUUUCCAAAUCCCUUCAGAGGACGCUGCAGAAGCAAAGCGUGACGUACGGCGGCAAGUCUACAGUGAGAGAUCGUUCGUCGGGGACAAGCUCCAGCGUGGCCUUCACGCCUCUUCAGGGCCUGGAGAUCGUCAACCCGCAAGCUGCGGAGAAGAAGGUGGCCGAAGCCAACCAGAAGUAUUUCUCCAAUAUGGCAGAAUUCCUCAAAGUCAAGAAGGAAGCCAAAAAGUGA